AUGGCAAUGACGCAUCAAGAUGUGCACGCACGCGCACUUUCCUAACCAAAAUUUCUUUGUGGAAAAAUGAAACAUCCAUUAAAAAAAACAUAAACAAAAUGCUUGGAAUCAUUAUAACUCGGACAGUUUUCGCAAAUAAUCGCACGAUAGAUUUAUUUUGGCGGCCCCACGAGGCCCCGCAUCACCCCAUUCUAUGCCGAAACGUUGGCGGCACUACAUCGUCCGAAUGCUUAUGGCUGCCAUUUUAUUAACCUUUUAGGCGGGGAGAAGCGAAUUUUGUUAUUAAAUAUGUGUUAUUGGAGUGUGCAGCUUACCGUUCCCGUGAAAUACGAAACACCAUAGUGUAACAAACGUAUUUAACAACACUGGAUUCGGCAUGGAAGAUGGUUCAAACGGGCCACUGUCAGACGUAGAGGUGUCGGAAAUUACAAAAAAUGGAGUAGUCGCCCCAAUAAUGGCAAACUUCCCAGAAGGGACAGUUGCUGUGAAUAACGAAUACAAACUGAAUUCAACUGAACCAGUCAAGGUUAAUGGUGAGGUUCAUACAGAAGAAAACAACAUUGUAGAACCAGAGCACAGCUCGGAGAGCGAUGCUUUAGUGAUUGAUGAAACAGUAGCAAAACCGAAAACGAAAAAAAAACGUGUCUCGAAGUCUAAAUCACCAAAGGAUACAGAAGUGGUGCCACACUCAAAUCCCUACUUCAAUGAAUCAAUAUUUGAACUAUCUCAGCAACAUCAGCAAUCUCAAGAACAGCCACAGGAAGAAACCAAGGCUCCAAAAAACAAGCGCAAAGCACCCAAAACCAAACCGAAACUCAGAGAAUAUGCACAGUAUUUAGGGUUACAACCGACAGUUCAGUUCAAAUGUUCAAAAUGCGGACUUGCGGGUUUUGAAUCGCUGCAAUCUUUAAAUGAGCAUGUCGUACAGUGUACUGAAAUUCGAAGUGUACAAGAUAUUCAACCGGAUAAUAAUUGUGCAGGCUUCAAGCUAACCAGGAAGGUGUUUUUGUGCUCUGCCUGUGGGACUUACUAUGAAAACUGGAAUCUCUACAUGCAUAUGCUGGAGUUUCACAGACGAUACAUAUGUUUAUAUUGUUUAGGAAUGUUUUCAGUGCUCGAGGAUUUGUGUCAGCAUAUACAGGUCAAACACAAUCUUGAGCCAGGCUAUAAGAACACUCCCGAUGAAUUUUUUAACGCGUACAAUGAACCUUGUUAUGUAGUGUGUUGUGAGUGUAACAAUAUAUUCAACGAGCAGGAUAAUUUUUUUUAUCACGACUGCAUGUUACCUGAGUCCAGGUUACCACUGAAGAACAAGUCAAAGGCGAGUAAGCAGCAGAUAACUCCUGAAAAUCAUGUGACUGGGGAUUCAGGGGAUGCUACUAUUGUACCGGACAGUGAAUUUAUCAAAGAUAGUGAUUGUAGUAAUAAAAUUUCUAGUGAAAACAUAGAAUCUAGUGACUGUAAUAAAGACAUAUCUGUAAAUAAUUUAGAAGUUAAGGUGGAAAAUGAAACUCAACCGGAAAUGACCAAGAGCAAGUCUGAUGAUGAUAAUUUUGAUGAAAACAACGAAAGCAAUUUGACCAACUGCUCAGAUAACAGUGGUGAAGUGGAUAUGGAUAAAAGUGACGAUAAUGACAAUUUAGAUGUCAACUUGGCAGAUGACAGAAGCCAGGAUUCAGAUCCAGCUGAUGAAGAAAUGCUGGGAAGUCCAGAACCGAUCGAAACAAGAAAGGUUCCCAAACUUUCGCUCAAACUUCCAAAACCAGGCACGUAUCAGGACUACGCAAACGAAGACAGCAACGACAGUUGCGACAAGAACGAGGCCAUGGACAUCGAGGACCAGGUCGACAGCGAGAACGAGAACGAUGCCGAGGACAAUGUCGAUGCGGAAACAGAAGAACCGAAGCCGGAAGACGAGCACGACGAACGACAAUCACCCUCUCCUGUCAGUCAAGAACCCAAAGAGGAGGAACAAGAAAAACCGGAACAGCAACCGGAAGAGGAGGAAGUUCCGGUUGAAGAACCGCCGCUUCAAAUCGCCGGCAAUGAUGUCGCUAUCAUCGAACUGGAACUGGAACAGCCCCUGGACAAGUUUGACAUUCGGGUGUUGCUGCAGAAAUGUCUGAGAGCCACGAUUUCGGCCUGCAUCUUUUGCAAUCACGCCAGGAAGAUAGCUGUUAAUGGAAAGCAGCUGGGUCUUCAUGCCAUUGCGGAACACCGAUUUUCGGCGGUGGUGAACAGCAUCACGGCCGAGGAGCUGAUUCCCGAGAGUUUCGUCGCCCGGAUACGUGACUCUCUGGACGAGCUGGACAAAAUAUACUUUAAUCUGGAGUCGGGCGCCACGGAUGACGCCGUCACCUUUUCGCAUCUGUUCGAAUGUUUUCAAUGCCGUUACAGCACGACUGUUCACAAGGAGCUGUACCUCCACAAUCGCAAGAUGCACGCCAAAAACCUCCUACUUUGCAUCAUAUGUAAGUCGAAUUUCUACAGCUACAGCGAAUUGGUGUGCCAUUUGUGCCCCGGCGUCUACGCCGUGCACUCCGAAUUGACGUACCGAUGCUGCAUGUGCGUCAGCAACGACCUCCCGUCCUCUUUCCGACUGAUGGUGCACCUUCGAAAGCGACACCACGCUUGCGAUGUCUGUUUAGAACUGUGUCACAAUCAAUAUCGAUUAUCAAAUCACGUCUGGAAGCAUAAAUUACUUCACUUCUGCUAUCGGUGCGGUAUUGCGUAUAGGAACAAGCCUGACAUUACACGGCAUCUAUUUUGGAAGCACGGGACUGAGAGUGUGCUUUGCAAAAAGUGCCUGGUCAAAAAGUGGCCGCACGUCUAUCAUUUCUGCAUUCCACCAACUAGCUUUACUUGUGAAGAAUGCAGUUUGGUGUUCUCACGACCGGUCGCCCUUAAGGUGCACAAAAGGAUACACACCGACGAAAAACCCCAUGCUUGCACCGUUGAGAAUUGUACCGAGAAGUUCAUAUCGAAAAAAUUGCUACAAAAGCAUGAAGAAAGGCACAGGGCGCCCCCAGUGGAAGUUAAGGUUGACAAAGUGGAGGAGGACGUCAAGAGUCCCGCUCCGGAGGAAGAAAAACCACCAGAGGAGAAGGUGGAAGAAAAGCCGAAGCCUAAAAUCGACGUUUACGAUCUUCCUGCGUUAAAUUUAUCGGAGAGCGACAGCAGUGAUUCAGAAGAUGAAACAGCCAAAGUUAAAAGUGAAGCCAAAACGGAGACGCAAAACACUGAGGAGGUAAAAAUCGACAACAACAUAUUGCCCGACAUCUUAACCAAAUUGCCGGAUGAACAAAAUGCACAAGCCAUGGAGGUCGACAAACCCGCACCGGUGAUCGAAGACAUUUGGGACAACUUUAAAAAUUAUCAGGCCAACAAAGACAAACUCGACCAAAUUUUCAAUGACUCGACUAAGGUGGAUUCGCCGCCGAAAAUUUUGGAUGAACCAAUUGAUUUGGUCGUUACUGCGGGUAUGGCCUUAAAAGACCACGACUAUUGCAUAGAUCCGGAAAAUAAACCUGACAUGAGCAUAGUUGAGGUGAAACCUGCGUUAACCCUUUCCGACAGUGUUGACCACGAUUAUUGCUCACCGAAAACAUUGAAACCAUCACACCCCCAUAACUCGGAGGAGCCGGAGGCGAAAGGGAACGAACAGGACGUCAAAAUAGAGGGUACGCCCAGAAAACGUUCGAACAGUUCGUCGAGCGACUCGUCGUCAGACAGUGACUCGUCAUGUACCUGCGGUUCAAAUUGUUCCUGUACGUCCAGUUCAGGCAGUUCAUCGUCUAGUUCUGACAGUUCCGGUUCCGAUAGCUCCACGGAGGAGGGUCGGCGAAAACAGAUUGAGAGAAGGGAAAAACGUAGGGAACGGCAGCGAAAUACCAGGAAAAGCGAAAGCAAGCCUGUGGAUGUGGUUUCGACGGAUCCCCAACAGGUGGCUCCUCCAGUUAACUUGGUCGACGCGCCGAUACACGAGUCUGACCUUGACACAACCGAAAGCGAAACAGACGAGGAGUUUUACGAUAAAAACCCCCAAUUACUUGCCAAAAAACGCCUCGAAGAGAAACGCAAUCAGAUUUUAGAGGAAGUCGGCUGUCUACCUAAUGGCGACUUCAUCGAGAGUACCAGCCGGCCUCCGACGCCUCCACCGGGUCAAGUCGACGAGGAGGACACCAAACCGAAGAAGAAAUCUAAAUCUAAGAAGCGCAAAAAGAAGAAGAGCGAGAGAAAGGAAAGCGAAAACGGUGGCGCUGUCAGCAACGAAGUUCCCAACAUUCCAGACACAUAUUACCAACAGUAUCACCAAAAGAGUCCACCAACGGUGGCGCCAAUAACCCUAUCGCUGUCGCGAAACUCACCGUUGCCGACAAUUACGCCCACAUACUCCGCGUCUCCAAUUAACAACAGCGGUACAUCACCUUUCCAUAAGACACCCAUGAUGCAACAUCAACAACAGCAGAAGAUGCUGCAUGAGUCGCAGGGCUUCGCCAGGCGGGAAUCGACGGAUUCUAGCCUAAGGGCGUCGAAGCGGAGACGGGUCCCUAACAAGUUUUACGGUUAUUCCAGCGACGAGGAGGAAAAAGAGAAAGCACAUGCGGUGCACACGCCCAAGUGGCGAAAAACUGAGACUGCGACGACCCCACGUUCUCCCAUGGUCGUGCCGCCCAUUACGAUUAAAAAUCCUACUCAUCGACCACCGGUCGCUAGUCCGCUCCCACCCAUUGAACCAAUUCAAAUUCGCCAUAACUCGGGAGAGAUGCGCGUCAAUCGGGUGCCGCCCAUCAAGCUUAUGCCACGCCCACCCGUACAACAAAGGGUCGAGGACAGCGCAACCGAUUCGAACGACAGCGACGCUGAGCCUCCACCACCGCCACAGCCUUUGGCAAAAGCAGCAAAUCAACCUCAGUUGUACUGUUACUGUCAGUGUCCGUACGACGAAGUUUCCGAGAUGAUUGGCUGCGACUCCAGCGACUGUUCCAUCGAAUGGUUCCACUUUGAAUGCGUGGGCAUCAUGGUACCACCGAAAGGUCAGUGGUUUUGUCCGGACUGUCGCAAGAAAAAGCAGAUGCGUAGGGAACUGUUACAACAGACGUAAGGGAAGAUAUAUUUCAGUUGUCUUUUCUUCGGAUUAUUAACGACGUGUGUUGUAACGCUCUCCGUUAAGUGGAAGAGAUUGGAAUGGUAUCUGAGUAUUUUGAGAGAUUGUUAUCGUUUAAUUCAUUGUUAUUAUAUUACACGGUUUGACAAAAUUCAAUUCCGGUGAAGACGUUCCUUUUAAUUUAUUAUUUACAGUUAAAUAUUUUAUACAAUAGUGAUUAAAUUGUAAAUAUAAAUAUAUACAUUCAGUGUAAGUUUUAUUUAGUCCUGGAAAAUAUUUAGGUUUAAGUUUAAAGUUUUAGUUUUUUUUUGUUCUGAAAAUACUCAUCGGUAUUAUUCUAUCCAAUCCACACACAAAAAUUACGCUUCUAAACUGUAAAUUGUACAGAAACGUUUCGGGAAAUGUAUGUGAUAACUCCAGGUUCAUACAAAAGUGUUUUCUCUAUUGCUGGGGCUUUUAUAAUUUGGCGUCGGCAAUUCCUGACUAAUGUUUCAUAAAUGCUGGUGGUGUUCAUAUCGGAGUAUUUUUUUUAAGACUCGAAAAAAAAUAUAUACGCUUGUAUUGUUGUUUUUUAGGAAGUAGUAGUAGUUUAGUCACAGUUUUUCAAUUUCCUGUUGGUUUUUAAUUUUAGUAUAGAAGUUAUUUUUUAAUUAUUUUUGUUAAAUUUUUAAAACAAUCAAAAUUUAAUUUAGUCGGUGAGUUUUAUAUCAAAUUUAGAGUACAUACACAUCUUUUUGUAAUCGAAUCUCGUUUAAAUACAGACACCUGACACUUUAAAAACCUUGUGAAGAAUAAUAAAAGCAUACAUCUAAUCGUCUUAACGUGCUUUUAAAUGUUCUUUCAACUAAAAUCUGUAAUUUUUGUAUUUAAAUUAAACAUGUAUACUAUAAUUUAGAAAAUAACUAAGAGUGCUGUAUGAAACUCGCGUUUAGCAUGGUUAUUUAUUUUAUUAUUUUUGUUGUCAACUUUUGUUAUGAAAAGUUAUGCCCAGUUAUUUUGAUUCUUCUUGUAUAUACUAAGUAUGUACCUGUACAUAGAUUUAAACUACUUAAAAUUGUGAUUAUUAUAGACGGAUUUUGCUAUAGUACAAUUUCGGAAAAACUACCAAAAACGUACCAAUCUUUGGCGGCUCAGUAUUUUCCUGUUUGUGAUAUAGCUGAUCAUGUUUACUAGACUAAGUCAUAUUUUCCAUUUUUGUUUUGUCAUAUAACAUUAUGUAUAGAAUUCUGCCAAAUUAGUCUUGUAAAUGUGUAAAUAUUUUUUAUUUGCUGCUCUCUCUUGUAUAGAGAUGAAUAUUUUUUUCAAUAUAAUGAAUGAAAGCAACCCCCAAACCUAUUAGAUUUAGAGCUGAAAUACUCAUUCAUUUCAGAAAAUUAUUUCUGUAUUAUAUAUGUACAUUCUCUGAUAUUGUCUGAAUAAAUUGUGUCAGAUUUGAA